AUGGCGGCGGCGGCGGCGGCGGCGGCGGUGCUGGCGCGGCUCGCGGCGGCCUUCCUGCUCCUCGCGGCCCAGGUGGCCUGUGAGUACGGCAUGGUGCACGUGGUCUCCGAGUCUGGGGGCCCCAGAGGCAAGGACUACUGCAUUCUCUACAACCCACAGUGGGCCCACCUGCCCCACGACCUGAGCAAAGCGAUCAGGUGGUGUCAACGCCCCCUUCCCCAGUCCCUCCUGCAGCUGCGGGACUGGACGGCCUCUGUGCUCUGCUCUCCGCCUGACCUCCCGGCCAAAGGCUUCAGCAACCAGAUCCCGCUGGUGGCACGGGGAAACUGCACCUUCUACGAGAAAGUGCGGCUGGCCCAGGGCGGCGGGGCGCGCGGGCUGCUCAUCGUCAGCAGGGAGACGCUGGUCCCUCCAGGAGGCAACAAGACACAGUACGAGGAGAUCGGCAUUCCCGUGGCCCUGCUCAGCUACAAAGACAUGCUGGACAUUUUCCAGAGUUUUGGCCGAUCGGUGAGGGCAGCGCUGUAUGCCCCCAACGAGCCCAUGCUGGACUACAACAUGGUCAUCAUCUUCGUCAUGGCCGUCGGCACCGUCGCCCUCGGGGGCUACUGGGCCGGGAGUCGGGACGUGAGGAAAAGGUACACGAAACACAAGCGGGAUGACGGGCCCGAGAAGCAGGAGGACGAGGCCGUGGACGUGACGCCCGUCAUGAUCUGCGUCUUCGUGGUCAUGUGCUGCUCCAUGCUGGUGUUGCUGUACUACUUCUACGACCAGCUCGUCUAUGUGAUCAUAGGGAUCUUCUGCCUGUCCUCCUCCGCGGGCCUCUACAGCUGCCUGUCUCCACUGGUCCAGAGGCUGCCGUUCGGCAGAUGUAGGGUCCCCGACAACAGCCUGCCCUACUUUCACAAGCGGCCUCGGGUCAGCAUGCUGCUCCUGGCGCUGCUCUGCUUGGCCGUCAGCGUGGUGUGGGGUGUCUUCCGGAACGAGGACCAGUGGGCCUGGAUCCUUCAGGACGCACUGGGCGUCGCCUUCUGCCUCUACAUGUUGAAAACCAUCCGCCUCCCCACUUUCAAGGCCUGCACGCUGCUGCUGCUGGUGCUCUUUGUCUACGACGUCUUCUUUGUGUUCAUCACGCCCUUUCUGACCAAGAGUGGGAACAGCAUCAUGGUGGAGGUGGCAACCGGGCCCUCGGACUCGGCCACCCACGAGAAGCUCCCCAUGGUCCUGAAGGUGCCCCGACUGAACGCUUCGCCGCUGGCCCUGUGUGACCGGCCCUUCUCCCUCCUGGGCUUCGGGGACAUCCUGGUGCCAGGGCUGCUCGUGGCCUACUGCCACAGGUUCGACAUCCAGGUGCAGUCGUCCAGGGUCUACUUUGUAGCCUGCACCGUGGCCUACGGGAUCGGCCUCCUGGUGACGUUCAUGGCGCUGGCCCUCAUGCAGCGCGGCCAGCCCGCCCUCCUCUACCUGGUGCCCUGCACGCUGAUGAUAAGCUGCGCCCUGGCGCUCUGGCGCAGGGAGCUGGGCAUGUUCUGGACGGGCAGCGGCUUUGCGAAGAGGAGAGGGACGGAGGCCAGUCUUGGUGCAGCGCAGCAGAGUCGAUGGGACGAGGGCACGUGUUUCGGUGGCGCAGGGACAGAGCUGACGCCCUGUGGAAGGACCUACCUCAGUCUCCUUGGGCGGCGUCUUCAGCCGACGGCCCCCAGCCCCAGAUGGACUCAGACACUGGCCUCUCCCAGCCGCCUCCAGGCGAAGGACUGGCCAAGUGCUCCCUGCCCACGAAGCAGCCCCCGGCAUCGUCUGCGCCCGAGGAGACCGGGGCCAGAGCACCCCCCCAGGAGCCCACGAGCCCAGCCAGCCGCACCCCUGAACCCACAGGCCCGGUAGGCACCUCGGCCUAGAUGAUGGCGCAGACUCUCGGGCCCUCGCUGCUGCCCCUCUGCGCCGAGAGACCCCGAGACUGGACGUGCUCGGCCCUCCCCCCCCCAACUUGGUGCUCUGGUCUGGCCGAUGUCCCCGCUGUUACUCCUCCUUGAGCAGAGCCCAGCUGCACCCUGGACCCUCUCCAGCUCCUGCUCCCAGCUCGAGUGGCUGCCGUGAGCCCCCGGACCGACGAGGUCACCCAUGUGGAGCGCCCAGCUCCACGGUCUUGCCUGUCAACUCGGUGGUUCCUCGGAAAGGGCAGGAAGUGCCGCCUCCGACCGCCCACGGCUGCAGAUCCGCCCACAUCUGGUGCUUACCUUGCCGCCACUUCCCUCAGGUUCUCUCCUGUGCCACGCCUGCGCGUCCCCAGGGACGCCGGCCAGCAGAGCCCAGUCCGGCCCCUGGGCCCUGGAUGUCUGGACUCAGGAUGCGGGCCCGGCUGGCCGGGUCGGACCUGCCUCUGUGUCGGCAGGGACUGAAAGCGGCGCCCGGCGUGAUGGGCCACCCCUCUCGGGCCCGCCUGGCUCUCCCAGCAGCCAGGGCAGCUUCUCCGCCUCUUAAUAAACGGCCAUGACUCGUUGA